AUAAAGCAAUCAGUAUCAAAGAUUGAAUAGUCCCUUUUCACACAUUUUAACUUAAGUAUUUGGCUUCAUUUUUCAAAUCUGUUUGGGUUUCUUAACUCACUCAAAUCUGUCUUAUAAACUAAAUGAUGGGGUUCUUGGUUGGUGAGCUAGAAACCAGCUGCCUUGUGUUGACUUGCUUGAGAUCAUGGAGAGCUCGUUGUGUCCGUGGAUUCUAUCAAUCUCAUGAUUCUCAUCUUUCCUUUUUGGAUUUUGAGUUCCUGUUAACUCGUCUUCCCAUGACUAUAGCCUGUAAAGCCUACCUUAUUGGCCCUCCAUUAAUGCAUUCCUUGUAAUUCACAUAACAGUGAGGCAAGUGGUUUAGAGGAGGAGGCUAUGAAGUGCUUCAAUUUCUCCAAAGGAGAUAAAAAUGAUGAGCCAAAGACAACAAAAUCCGUAUCGGUCCGCUCUUUCAAUACCUGUAGUUCAAUGUCAACUGAUCGCGAUAUGAGGAGAUCUGGAUCCGAGUUCAAUUCUCAGAAUGUCUCAGAUUUAAGCACAGUAGCCUCCACGAAGAACUCAUUCGCUGUUCUGUCUCAGCUCUCCCAAAGACAAAGUAAUCUCAGAGUUUUCACAUUCUCGGAGUUGAAGACUGCCACAAAGAAUUUCAGCCGCUCCCUUAUGAUUGGUGAAGGUGGAUUUGGUGGUGUUUACAGAGGUGUGAUUCGGAGCACAGAAGAUUCAAGUAAGAAGAUAGAUAUUGCUGUAAAACAAUUAAGUAGAAGAGGCUUGCAGGGUCACAAGGAAUGGGUGACAGAAGUAAAUGUUUUAGGGGUUGUUGAACAUCAAAAUCUUGUCAAAUUGUUGGGCUACUGUGCAGAGGAUGAUGAGAGAGGAAUUCAGCGGCUUUUGAUAUAUGAGUAUAUGGCCAACAGAAGUGUGCAAGAUCACCUAUCUUGUCGAUUUCAGACAACUAUUCCUUGGGCCACGAGACUGAAAAUAGCCCAGGAUGCUGCACGAGGCCUAGCAUACCUCCAUGAAGGAAUGGAGUUUCAGAUUAUCUUUAGAGAUUUCAAGUCCUCAAACAUACUUUUGGAUGAGCAAUGGAAUGCAAAGCUGUCAGACUUUGGGUUGGCUAGAUUGGGACCUUCAGAUGGAAUAAGUCAUGUCUCUACUGCAGUUGUAGGAACAGUUGGAUAUGCAGCUCCUGAAUACAUUCAAACUGGCCGUCUCACAGCUAAAAGUGAUGUGUGGAGCUAUGGAGUUUUCCUCUAUGAACUCAUCACUGGUAGGCGUCCUGUAGAUAGAAGUCGUCCCAAGGGCGAGGAAAAACUCCUGGAAUGGGUCAGGCCGCACCUUACUGAUGCGAAAAAGUUCAUAUUGAUUUUAGACCCAAGGCUUGAAGGGAAGUAUUCUCUCAAGUCUGCCCAAAAACUAGCAGCUAUAGCCAACCGAUGUUUGGCACGACAAGCCAAAGUACGCCCCAAAAUGAGUGAAGUUUUGGAAAUGGUGACUCGAAUUGUAGAGUCAGCUGAAGAUGGAACCCCCCUAACACCCCUGAAGAGCUUGGCUUUGAAAGAUUCUUAUGAAAUGUCAAAAAGAGAACGUUUAAAAAGAAGAUUAAUGGAUUUGAUCAAUGAAGGGAAAGGGCGCUUUGUUUGGCUAACAAGGAAGCCUAAGAUUGUUAGAACAUCUUAAAUAAAAUCUGUGUAAACUGUUCUUGUUAUUCGGAUGGAUUCAUGUGUAACAGGGCUGCCCUUUUUGCUGAAUGUGUAAAUUACAUUGUACUCUGGAUUGUUAAACACAAAUGUAAAGCUUUUUUCAAGGCAAAUGAGUUGCAUUGCUAUACAGGUUUCAAA